UCUGUGGGCAAAUUUCAUACAGUAGUUCUAGAACAAUGUGCAGGCUCUGUAGGAGGUAAAAUUGGCUCGAUGUUUCUGGAAGAACAGCUCUGUAGGUUUGUGCGCACGGACACCUUCUUCCUUCCCUUACCGUUCCCUAUUCAAGUGAUUAAAAGGAUAUAUUUUUGCUUUUCAGUCAUUCAAGACUGCUUGCAACUGAUUGCAGACAGUGACACACCUACUAUACGACACGGACGUAACACGUAUGUCCCGUGGCUGCUCAGCUUCAAAAGAGGAAGGGCCCUGGAAGAGAAGGAAAAUAAAAUUCUGGUGAAGGAGACGGGUUACUUCUUCAUAUACGGGCAGGUUUUAUACACCGAUAACACCUUCGCCAUGGGACACGUAAUACAGAGGAAAAAGGUCCAUGUCUUUGGGGACGAACUGAGUCUGGUGACUUUGUUCCGAUGUAUUCAAAAUAUGCCUGAAACACUACCCAAUAAUUCCUGUUACUCAGCUGGCAUCGCAAAGCUGGAAGAAGGAGAUGAACUCCAACUGGCAAUACCACGGGAAGAUGCUGAAAUAUCACGUGACGGAGACGGCACGUUUUUCGGAGCAUUGAAACUUCUGUGACCUGCUUGUCCCUUGUCCGUGGCUGGGUCCCUUCCUCUCCCCGUACCUCUGAGGAGAACACACUGAACUGGAAACACCAAAGGAAGAAAAACAGUAGUUACCGUACCCUUUUCUGUGAGCUAUUGGUUUUGAUUUGCUGAACCUAGACCAAAACAGGAAAUCUAACAGACAGCCACAGCCAAGGGAUGUCAUGUGAAUUACAAGAAAUAGAACCCGUUUGGGGAAAGAUAGAAGUAGAAGUCUCACUAGAAGGCUGAGUCGAAAAACUCAGUCACCGCAGCCUGGCUGGGAGGAAGCCCAGGUUGGAAAGGGGCGCUCAGGCUUUCUUCCGACACGACGUCCAUGGUACUCCGCGGACAGGCGCCCGCGUCUGCAGGCCGUCAACUCGGACAUCUGGGGACAUCUCAGGGUUCACCCCCGCCCUUGUGUCGAUUCUGCCCCCGCCUCCACUUCCAGUUAACAUUACAGGAAGUGAGAGAAAAAAAAACUUAGAGAAUUUUUGCACUUGACACUUAAAAAAGCACUUAAAGAAACCUUCCAUUUACAUGUACUAAACAGUUGGACUUACAAUAAAAUCCAAGGGCUAUUUAAAGUAUUUUUUGUUUAUUUCAAGUUUGCGGUUUUUAUCUACAAUAUUCUGUAUCACCCGAUGGAACACCAGAUAUUUUUCACAUGAGGGAAAUACUUCUCUCCUGUGUCUACAUUUAGACAUAUUUUUUCUAGCCUAUCCAGGUACUUCAGAAAUUUUCACUGCAGGGUAAUUCCAAUUCCUAUGCAUAUAAGCAUUCAGUGAAAAAAAAAAAAACCCUAUAAUUGUUUGCCUGUAAAAAUAAAAUCUCCAUUGGAAGUUAAUGAAAGCAUUUAUAAUAAUGGAAUGUAUUUUCCCUUUAUUUCCUGUUCUUCUCUGUUAAAUUGUGGCUAGUAUCCCAGCCUUGAAAAAAAAAGCACUUGUGUUAUUAGCUUUACGGACGUGGAGGCUUCGUGGAAGUUCUUGGCAUCCCGAAGGACUUAUGUGCUGUGUGCUCGUUAAACGGAUCCUGAUGACGCUAGGGACAUUUUCGUCUAACGGGGACUCACGGUUGUGGAUGCUGGCAGAACAACUUUCCACCCUCGAUCUCCCUUGUGUCGCCUGUCUUCUUAAAAAUGUCACUGGUAUAAAGAGUUUACUUCAACCAACAGUUUCCUUCUCUAGUUUGAACAGUAGAUGGGAGAACAGACCGUGGGCUGCAGUCAUGUUCUCCAGUCUAUGCUGAAAUGUUUUUAGCAAUAUGCUUCUCGAAACAAAACAUAAAGUGAUCUGUACUCAGAUUAAACUUCCGCUAGAACUUUGAUUUCUACAGUUUUGGCUUUUUUGGUUAAAAUCAAAUAUAUUUUGCAACUUCUUUCAUGUUACAGUAUUAGAAUUAAGAAGUAUAGGCAGAGCAGGAGUCCUGAUGGAGGAGGUGAGUCAUUUUUCUAGUGUUGCUGCUAAUGUGAGUCACCAAAUAAAUAUCUUCAGCACCUUC